AAGCAAUAAAUAUGAAUUUCUGGGAGUACUAAAUUUCUUUAAAGAUAGCCUAUCAGCAAUGGUCUGAACACGGCAUAUUGGUAGCGCAGCGAGGAAGUUUGGUUUUCGAUGUCUUUCAAUAUUUUACAACCUUAAUUACCUCACAUGCUCCCCUUUUCUACACUCUCAAGUCUCAUAAUAAAUCUUUCAUUCAUUUCCCACUCUCCUUAGCUUCUCCCUCUAACCUCUUUCUCUCUGGUUUUUAGCUAGGCAGGAAAUUAAAAAGAUAUGUUGAGACCUUUUCAAGAAUCAUGACUUUCCAAACCUUUAAUGUCGGGAGAAUUCUUUGCUUCUUUCUUCUUGUUUUUCCCUGUCUUGGGCUUAACAUUGAUGGGGUUCUGUUGAUGAGUUUUAAGUUGAGUGUUUCCGGUGAUCCUCUGGGCGUUUUCAGUAACUGGAACGCCGGCGAUGAGACGCCGUGCUCAUGGCGCGGCGUCACUUGUGAGGCUCUCCGAGUUACUGGUUUGGCGCUUCCCGAUUCUCAGAUUCUCGGCUCUCUCGUUUCCAGUCUUGGAAUGAUUCAAUUCCUUAGGAAUCUUGACCUCUCUAAUAAUUCCAUCAAUGGGUCCAUUCCUUCCGCUCUCUUUGCCGCUUCGCAGCUUCAAAGUUUGGAUUUUUCCAACAAUCAAAUCUCCGGGCAGUUGCCGGAAACCGUUGGGCGGCUCAGGAGUCUUCGGUCUCUUAAUCUCUCCGGUAACGCGUUAGCAGGGGUGGUGCCGGAAAGUUUAACGGGUCUUCAGAAUCUGACGGCCGUUAACUUGAAAGAUAAUUACUUGUCCGGGUCACUUCACGGCGGGUUCGACGCCGUCCAAGAAUUGGAUUUGUCGUCUAAUUUGAUAAACGGGUCUUUGCCUCCCAACUUCGGGGGAACCAAUCUGCGUUACCUCAACGUUUCCUUCAACAGAUUCUCCGGCGAAAUCCCGCCGGAAUUUCCCAGCAGGAUCCCGCCGAACGCCACCCUCGAUCUCUCCUUCAACAAUUUCAGCGGCGAGAUUCCAGACUCCAGUGUUUUCUUGAACCAGGACGUGAAAGCCUUCGCCGGGAACCCGGGACUGUGCGGCGUCCCGCUGGAAAACCUCUGCCCCGCGUCGUCGGAACCAACUUCGCCGCCGGCCAUCGCCGCCAUUCCCAAAACAAUCCACUCAAAUCCCGCGGCGGACUCGCCGGAUUCCGGUUCCUCCCCUGCGGCGUCACGCACCCGUCUCAAAACUGGCUCGAUUAUCGCAAUUGUUGUCGGAGACGUCGCCGCAGUCGCAAUUCUCGCCCUGAUUUUCAUCUACGCCUAUCGCGCCAAGCGACGGAAAGCCAUAGAAGGAACCAUAAAGAAAGAAGCGGAAAGCGCAAAAGACUUCGACUGGGCAUCAUCCUCCGCAUCCCCCACGGAAUACAAUUGGCUAAGGUCAUGGACGUGUUUGAAGACACAGAGGCACGCCGACGCCGACGCCGACGCCUCCGACGCCGCCUCGGAAACCACCGCCUCCGAGAGCUCGGAGUCGCCGAAAGGGCAACAGCCACAACUGCAAGCAGAGCAGAAAACCGGCGAAUUGGUAACCCUAGACGGGGAAAAAGAAUUGGAAUUGGAAACUCUGCUUAAAGCCUCGGCUUACAUUCUCGGCGCCAGCGGCUCCAGCAUACUGUACAAAGCGGUGUUGGAAGACGGCACAACCCUCGCCGUCCGGCGCAUCGGCGAGAGCGGCUUCGAACGAUUCCGGGAAUUCGAAACCCAGGUCCGGGUCAUCGCUAAACUGGUACACCCGAAUCUAGUAAGAAUUCGAGGAUUCUACUGGGGCGCCGACGAGAAACUCGUAAUCUACGACUUCGUCCCCAAUGGCAGUCUAGCCAAUGCACGUUACAGGAAACCCGGAUGUUCACCGUGUCAUCUGCCGUGGGGGGUGCGGCUGAGGAUUGCCAGAGGGGUGGCGCGUGGGCUGAGUUACAUUCACGAGAAAAAGCAUGUCCACGGGAAUCUAAAGCCCAGUAACAUAUUAUUGGGCGGGGAUAUGGAGCCCAAGAUCGGGGAUUUUGGGCUUGAGAGGCUCAUCACUGGGGAAAGCAGUCACAAGGCUUAUGGGUCGGCCCGUAAUUUGGGCAGCAAGAGGUCCACUACCUCUCGCGAAAGCCUACAGGAUUUUGCAUCCGGGCCUACGCCCAGCCCGAGCCCGAGCGCGCUGGGUAUAUCGCCCUAUCACGCACCCGAAUCACUUCGGAGUCUCAAGCCCAACCCGAAAUGGGAUGUGUUCUCUUUUGGUGUGGUGUUGUUGGAGUUUUUGACCGGAAAAGUCAUCGUUUCUGAUGAAAUGUGUCCCGGGCCGAUGGCCGGAGCCGUCAAGUUGGGGGAUGAGGAAAAAAGUAGGGUGUUGAAGAUGGCUGACGUCACUAUCCGUGCUGACAUGGAAGGGAAAGAAGAAGCCUUUUACACACUUGUUAGAUUAGGAUACAAUUGCAUAUCUCCUGUUCCACACAAAAGACCAACCAUGAAAGAAGUCAUCCAAGCGCUUGACAACUUCCCAACCACUACUUCUCCGUCAUACUAUUAUGCUAUUUAACGUAACAAUGAUGAUAAGGACUCGGUUUUAGAGACAGAUCCUCUGUAUGUUUGGCUAACUAUUCUUUUUUUACUUUUAGAUAGAAUAGUUAUUAGAAUGUGAUGGUAUCUCUUUUAAAAAACAUUGUCGUAUAUUGUUGUCACACCUCAUGACCUUUACAGAUGUUGAGUUGGAUCCCUUUGCAUAAUCCAUUAAUCACACAAUAUAUUAAGAUAUUUGUGUUCA